UAGGGCCAAGUGUUCAAGUUCAUGUGCUCCUCCCGUUUGGCGCUGGCGCUGGCAUAUCCUGUUUAAGUCCCAUCUCAUCAUCUCGUGUGCGAGGGGGCCUGGCAUCGCUAACAAGCACGGAAACACAUAAAAACACUUAAACGCAAAUCUAUAAGCUUUGGAUGCAGAUAUGCAGCAGGAGCAGCAGGAGCAGCAGCAGCCUCCAACGAGCCAACGAGCCGUGAAGGAGAUGAAUUAAUCAAGUUGGCUUAAACAAUUUCCAUUUCGUUGGCAAAGAAAUAAAAUUAAACGAGAGAGAAACGAAAGGAAUCAGCAGUAGAAGCCCCACCAGGAUUACUAGGAGAUCCCUCCUCCCCAAUGAUAGCUAACAAUUUGGUGAGCAUGGAAUCGGAACUGGACAUGACGGCGCAGGGGGACCAGGAUCUAGACCUGGACAAGUCUCUGCUCUCCAAUCCCCUUAACAUCACCCAGGCUAUUUGGGACAUGGCCAUGCUGGCCACCUCCACCCAGUGGACGCUCUUGGAUACCGACUUCACUUCGGGUUACGACAACCUCAGCGGUGUGGCGCCUACAGAGACUCCUUACGUGCCCUAUGGCCGAAGGCCGGAAACCUACAUCGUGCCCAUCCUGUUUGCCCUGAUCUUCGUUGUCGGCGUCCUGGGCAAUGGCACACUGAUUGUGGUCUUCCUCAGUGUGCGGCAGAUGCGGAAUGUUCCAAACACCUAUAUUUUAUCACUGGCACUGGCGGAUCUGCUGGUUAUCAUCACCACAGUGCCCCUGGCCUCCACUGUCUACACCGUGGAGUACUGGCCCUUUGGCAGCUUCCUCUGCAGUCUGUCGGAGUUCAUGAAGGAUGUGUCCAUUGGAGUAUCGGUCUUCACGCUGACAGCUUUAUCGGGGGAUCGUUAUUUUGCCAUUGUGGAUCCCCUGAGGAAGUUUCAUGCUCAUGGAGGCGGUAGGCGAGCCACCAGGAUGACCCUGGCCACAGCAGUGUCCAUUUGGCUGCUGGCCAUACUCUGUGGCAUGCCAGCUUUGCUGGGCAGUAAACUCAAGAACUUUGGUAUCAACAAGCAGACCAUUGUCAUCUGCUAUCCUUAUCCGGAGGAGUGGGGCCCCAACUAUCCCAAGACCAUGGUGAUGCUACACUUUCUGGUCUACUAUGCCAUCCCUCUGGUGGUCAUAGCUGCCUUCUACGUGCUCAUUGCCCUCCAUCUCAUGUACUCGGCCAGUGUCCCCGGCGAGAUCCAGGGAGCCGUUCGUCAGGUUCGUGCCCGUCGCAAGGUGGCCGUCACAGUGCUGGCCUUCGUUGUCAUCUUCGGCAUUUGCUUUCUCCCCUAUCACGUCUUCUUCCUCUGGUUCUACUUCUGGCCCACCGCCCAGGACGAUUACAAUGCGUUCUGGCAUGUCCUGCGCAUCGUCGCCUACUGCAUGUCCUUUGCCAAUAGCUGUGCCAAUCCCGUGGCCCUGUACUUCGUCAGCGGUGCCUUUCGCAAGCAUUUCAAUAGAUAUCUGUUCUGCCGUGGAGCCAGCGGAAGACGCAAGAAGCGCGGCCAGCACGACACCUUCUGCAUGCACCGGGACACCUCGCUGACCAGCACCGCCUCGAAGCGCUUCCAGUCGCGUCACUCCUGCUACCAGAGCACCAUACGCAGCUGUCGUCUGCAGGAGACAACGAUAACCACGCUGCCGAACGGUGGCAAUCAGAAUGGUGCCUCCAUCUCGGCCGUGGACCUGGCACCAUUGGCCAUGCCUAUGGUCCCAGCCUCGGGGCACAAUGAGGCACCACCUCCAGGAUAUGAGUUUGCUGCUCUGAACGAGUUUGGUCAGCAGCAGCACCAACGUUCGCACCCACCAAAGUUCCAGGAAUCCUUGUUGAAUUGAAAUUACAGGAUCAGGACUAAAAGUGGGACUUUAACGGAGUUUACAGGAAGUCAGGCAGCGAGACAGACACUCUAUCAAGAUCAAAAAGUAGUUAAAGGUGGCAUAUUUACCUGCUGAGGUUUUUUUAAAUAGAGAAAUUCUUUAGCUAAGAGAAUUUGUUUAGAAAUUAAAGUCAGCUUUGGGCAGGCUUAAAUUAUAUAAAAUCGGUAAAGGCUUCUGCCUAACAAAAUACAGAUUAAAGAAUAUUCAUUGGUUAGAUCGGUUAAUACAGUAACACUCCUGAAAUACUAAAUAAAUCACUCCCAACAGAUGAUUAUUUUGUGCUAAAAAUCAACUAGAAGCUGCUAGUAAACCUUCAUGGAAUGUAAAUACAAACUAAAUGUUUUUUAUGUCAUAGAUUUUAAGCCUAAAUGUAAACUGUGUCUGUUUCAAACUAAAGUAUUGCAGCCGUGGCACGGCUUUA